AUGCAGGAGUUAUUUGUCAUGCCCCGUGGUCUUGGCCAACGGGCCUCUCGAAAACUGAAGGCCAUAUACCAGGGCAACUGGACGUUGCGCGUGCCCUUAUGGCUGCAGCUAACACUCUUUGUGUUCUGCGUGGCAUUCUUAUCACUUUUAAUCAUGAUCACCGUCACCUCGGUCAAGAGCUGGGACUACGGCUCCGCGCUUAUGGCGUUCAAGCUCGAGUCUGUGGCAGCCAUGAAGGCCGUGGAGUUGCAGCAGUCGAUUGAAAACACCCAGUUUGAUGUUUCGUGGAUGUUUGGCCGUGACACGGUCACCCAGACGCUCUUCUCGCACAUGAUAAAUAAUGCAACUACCAAACAGUGGGACGACCUUUCGAGCUACUUUAAUGCCAUGAUAACCUCGAAGCAAGGCUACCAGGCGAUUGUUGUAUACGACUGGAAUAUGACACAAACCUACUCGUUGGAACAUUCGGACUCGGCGUCGUCAUUGACUGCUUUGUUGGCCACUAUGAGCGACCUGUUACCGCUGCAGCAGCCCAAACAGGUGCAAAGGCGUAUUUUACACCAAACCGGGAUCUUGCAAGACCCUACUGCGGUAGUCACAAAGGGAAAGAUGGUAUCCUAUUCGUAUUCUAUUACUCUGCCCAUUACUAUGGAGAUUUCUCAGCCCCUCAACGACAUGACCAACUCGACCAACUCGACCAACUCGACCAACUCGACCAACUCGACCAACUCUACGGAUACCAUUCAUCGCGAGCUCCUGGUUGGUUACGGGACUGUGGUUAUGUCUGCUCAGCCUCUACUUGAUACAGAACAACUAUCAAGCGAUACACUGCAAGAUAACAGUAUUUAUAUUGGAGAAACCGCGAGGAAUUCCACCAGUGGCAGCAUCGGUUACAAGUUCCUUUUCCCGCCCACUGGCAGUUCAUCAGGGAUCUCCGGUUACUCUACAUUCCCUUCCAUGGAGGCUGCCUCUCAACUGUCCAAUACAACGUCUGUAGAGCGUGCACGUGGCUCUUUUCUUCGUACAUACACCCCGUUCUCGUCCAAGGCAUCUACGGGUUUCAGUUAUGCGCAGGUUCUACAACGACGCUGGCUUGUUGUUGUCUCAAUCCCUCAAUCAGUGGCCUAUGCAAAUGUCCGCCACUUAAGAAACCGGGUUAUAGGUACCUCUGGGGGUAUUUUGGGAGCUCUGGUCCUGGUAAUUGUUCCUAUCGGCAGAGCUUUUACUUCUUCGCUAUACAGGAUUUACAACAACUUGGUAUUAAGGCCUCUUGAGACAAAUCGGAACAACCGUAGCACUGGCCCCUCGCGUAAGCCCUCAAAAUUGACCGACUCGUCACUAGAAUACGAUGACAAUACGGAAACCGAUGGCGACAACCCGAGCAGGCUGCACUCGUCUUUAACAACUUCACCGACACCAUCACCACCAAAUUCGCCUCUCACCGAAACAAAGUCAACUGUGGCAUCGUUUUCCCAGCCUACGAAGCGGGCGAAACGUCGAAAGGCGUUCCAUUUGCCUCAGAAAUUGCCCAAGCUUCAUCGCCCCUAUAUUGAUGAGCUCGACGAUUUGGUUGAUGAGUACAACAAAAUGAUCGACAAGCUCAGCAAUCAGUAUCUUUAUCUUGAUGAUCAAGUGCGGGCACGAACUCAAGAGGCUCAAGAAGCCCGAGUUGUUGCUGAAACCGCCAAUGCGGCAAAGUCAAAGUUCAUUGCCAAUAUUACCCACGAACUCCGCACACCUUUGAAUGGUAUUAUGGGAAUGACAUCAAUUUCGCUGAGCGAGAAGAAUGUUGAGAAAAUCAGAAACAAUUUGAAGGUCAUUUUAGAUUCCGGACGCGUCCUGAUGGAACUCCUAAACGAGCUCUUGACGUUCUCAAAGAACCAAAUUGACCUUGUUCCCGAGGUUGCAACCUUCACUCCCGCAGAACUGAUUUCUAAUGUGGAAAACACGUUCAGUGCCCGUGCAGACGCAAAGCAUCUGUCCGUGUCAAUGGCUGCCGUUCCUGGGGACCUCAGCAACCUUCAGCUGAGAGGUGACUCUUAUCGCAUGUUCCAAGUCAUCAUUAAUUUCAUGUCAAAUGCUAUUAAAUUCAGUGAUGAAAAUGGUUCUGUGUCGGUGCUAGUGAGUCUGUAUCCCAAAAUCGAUUCGCGGAUCUCUCUUGAACCUUACAAGAAAUCCGAGUAUCCCUUAACGGGACAGCUAGCUAUGUUGGAGGUUUCAGUAACAGAUCACGGUCAAGGAAUGUCAGAAAGACAGCUUGGACGCAUUUUCGAACCAUUCACCCAGGGUGAUGAGUCUUUGUCCAAACGUCAUCAAGGCACUGGUCUGGGCAUGUCGAUGUGCAAGCAGCUUGCUGAAGGUAUCGGCGGCUAUGUUAUUGUCUGGUCUUCAGAAGGACAUUCUUCAACGGCAUUGCUUCGAGCUCCAAUUCAAAUUGUUGCCCCGUGGCCGAAUUUGACUCCCCUCUUUUAUCGACCGGCGCCGGUUAUUCUCCCCGACACGUUUUACACUGUUUCGUUGCAUACUGGUGUUGUGAAGAAAAUGUUGCCUAUGGCCAACAAACGGCGCAAUUUGACAGUUGAAACACGGCAAAACCACAAGGCGUUGAGCUUCGGGUCUACCGUGUCUACCAGUGACACAACGGUUGGUCGAAACAUGUACGCCAACAACUCAUCUUCCUCUCUUCUGUUCGCUUCAGUACAGGCAUCCCAGCCGCCACGCACAACGAACAGUCCAAUGAGUUCUUCUACGUUCUUAACAGCCAAAGGUGCAACGUCGAGUGAAAAGACGCCUUCCCCCCAGGUAUCGGAACUGCAAACCCCAGCGAGCAUUCCAGGGAGCCUCGAGAUGGCCAGUCCAGAAACACUGACGGGAUCUCGCGGGCCCCGAAGCCCUUCAGAUGACUUGACGGAAAGGGAAAACGAAUUUGCGUCACAACCCCACCCAGACAUCAAAGUGCUGGUCGCCGACGACAAUAAGCUCAAUGUGCGCAUUCUCAGCAGCAUGCUGGAGCGUAUGGGUGUCCAAACCGUCGACACAGCAUACUCGGGUAACGGGGCUAUUGCCCUAGUCGAGAAGAGCAUCAAAGAUGGUGUGCACUAUACCAUUAUCUUUAUGGAUUUGGUGAUGCCAGACCUCAACGGACUGGAUGCCACCCAAGUCAUUCGUGGUACUCUCGGGUAUCCGUACCCAAUUGUCGCUCUAACCGGAUACUCAGACCAGCAAACGCGAGAAGCCUGCGAACGGGCAAACAUUCAAGAAGUGCUCGUGAAACCCAUCAUGCGGGCCGCGCUCGUGCGUAUCAUUAUGAAGUACCACGAGAAGUAUUUAUAG